AUGUAUCCUCUACCAAAUCUUCCGUGCUUCCUCCCCGCGAUCCCCAUUCCAGAUUUCGUAGAUCUCGAUGCCUUGGCCAACUAUUUCAGUUCAGCCUUCGAAGUUCUCAGUGAAAGCCAUUUUCUCCAGGAUGCUCUCUGGCGCGACACAUUUGCCAUGACCGGCACCUUGCGGACAUUCUACUCUGCCAAAUCCAUAGCCGCUGCAUGGAAGGAUACGUCAGCAAUCCACAAACCAACUUCGUUCGAGAUUCAGGGUAAACCCAACUUGAUCAAAGCUGGAGAUUCCCACUGGGUGGAAUUGAGAUUCACUUUCGAGACUCGUGGUAUACCGGCCACCACCGCCGACGAUGGGAUUCUUUCUGUUGCCCUCGACAAGGAUGGCAACUGGAAAAUCUGGAUCAUGCGCACGGUCAUUGGGCAGCUCAAGGACCAGCCAAACGUGGACAAGCUCGAUGUGGUACGUCAGUUGGAUGGCGAGAAGCUGACCAACGGUACCAUCGCGCUUACUAAUGGCAUAACCACAAACGGAGCGACUCCCAAUGGCAUAACCACAAACGGAACUAUUCCCAAUGGCACGACCAGCCCGAACGUGGAUUUCCAAUGCAUCAUCAUUGGUGGCGGCCAGGCUGGUCUUUCCGUCGGUGGUCGACUCAAGGCGCUCGGUGUGUCUUAUGUCGUUGUAGAUAAGUAUGAGCAGGUGGGAGACAGUUGGGCAAAGCGAUACGACUCUACCAGAUUGCACACCAUUCGAGAAUUCGCCCAUUUGCCUUUUGAGCGAACUUUCCCCGCAACAUAUCAAGAAUUCCUCACCAAGGAUGACCUUGCUAAAGGCUUCCGCGAAUGGGCAGCUAAGUUUGACAUCAACGUUUGGACAAGCACCACUGUCCUCUCUGGCUCGUGGAUCUCAGAGCAUAACACCUGGGAACUGAAGAUCCGGCGCAAUGGCGAGAACCAAACAAUUACCUGCUCCUACAUCGUUCUCGCUGUGGGCGCAAAUUCUCGAUUCCCUGUUGCCCCAACAUAUGAGAACCGAGAGGCCUUUCGGGGCGUUAUUCUACACUCGGGCGAUUAUACGAACUCUAAGGAAUGGGUUGGAAAACACGGUGUGGUCGUGGGAAGUGGAAACACAGCGCAUGAUGUCGCCGAUGACAUGUAUAGUCAAGGCAUGGCUUCCGUGACAAUGGUUCAGAGAAACCCAACAUCACCGGAGGAACAGCUACUGAUAAUUCCAGGACUCUACAACGCCGACACCCCGACCGAGCUAGCCGACUUAAUGUUCUUUACUGGCCCAGCGGUCAUAACUCGCAUAAUGGCCGGAAAGAUGCUGCACGCCAAGAUUCGUCAGCAUCCCGAGCGGUUUGACGCUUUGGAAAAGGCUGGUUUCCUCCUCGAUCGCUACGCCGACAUGGGUUAUGUGGUCUACGUACGCCAGGGAGGCCACUACAUGGAUGUCGGAACAUCAGGAAAGAUCGCCUCAGGCCUGAUUAAGAUGAAGACCGAUUCUCUCCCCGUUCGCUGGGUCGAGGAUGGCCUGGAGUGCGCCAACGGCGAUCUCCUGAGAGCAGAUGUGGUUGUCUUCUCCACUGGGUUCGUUGGUAACUUGCGACUCCUCGUUGCUGAACUGCUAGGCAACGACGUCGCUGCUCAAGUAGAGGACUACUGGGGCCUCAACGAGGAAGGAGAACUUCGUGGCGCUUUCAAACCCUCGGGCCAUCCCGCUUUCUGGUAUACCGGUGGCGCGAUUGGCCAGGCACGGUACAUGUCUCGUUUUAUCGCUCUGCAAAUCAAGGCAAAAUGCCUAGGCACGCCGCUGCCACUAUACACAGAAACCCCUCCGCGAAAUUCCAGCAUUCCCAUGAAGGUGUUAUGA